GCAGUCGGGGUUUACUCCGUUUGCGCCGAAUUUAUCAAAAGAACAAGUUUCAUUUCCUAGGUAACGUUACGUGAUUCAGCACAAUUCUACAUGCGAAGCAAAGCAAUGACGUUACAGUCACACUGUCGGACAUCUGGAUGGAGUUUGUUAUAUUGCUCUUUGAUACAGCUGCUUUGUGCAAUGUAAAAAUGUAUCAAGUCAAUUUUGUCCGCUCUAAGCACCGGUAUGAAUGGGCUUGGUGUGUAAGAUGUGUUGUUAACACUCGUGUACAGUAGGUGGCGGUAUUCACCAUCACACAGUUUGGAAUCCGCCAUUCAGAAGAAGAAAAAGAAAGGACAGCCGUCCGUUGGGCUGUGCGAUAAGAAAACAACAACACUGGACAAGAAAUCCUAACAUCUGCAGGAUACGGUCCCGGGAGUGUAAUAGCCUCACACUGAAAUCAUCAUGGAGGUGGAAGGGCCCCCUGCAGAAGGCGCGGUGGAGUCCCCCUUUACUGCAGAGACCUACGCCGCCGAGGCCAUGGCUGCAGACAUGGACCCCUGGAUUGUGUUUGACUCGAGAAGAACUCCCAGAUCCGAGUUUGAUGCCUGGCUGGAGAGCAACGGGCCCUCACGAGUGUACAGAUUUGGUGAUGAGGAAAAUGGUGUUAGCCCUGUGGGCUGGAUCGCCGUGCUGGGCCUGAACCACUGCCCCAGCACUGGAGAUGUUACGGGUCUCCAAGAGAGCUGGGAGAAACUGUUGGCCAGCGGGCGGCCUGUCAGCUUCCAGACAGUAAAGGAGCUGGCCCUGAACCACGGAGUGCUCACAGGCAAAUGGCUGAUGCACUUGGACUCUGGUUUCAAGUUGGACCGCGCCUGGGAGUGUGUUGCCAGAGCAGCCCUGGAUGGCAAGAUCUCCCUCGUUAAGGUCAGUCCCCAUAAUCCAAAGGGAGAGGGCAAGCAGGUCAUUUGUGCCUACAACCAGAACUUCACUGACGAGAGCGAGGUUCUGAGGCUGGACUCCAUCAUCCGUGCCACAGGGGUCAAAUGCCCUCUCGCCUACAAGCCUGACGUGUACACAUACCUGGGGAUCUACAGAAACAACCGCUGGAAACUUGGUCCAACCAUAUAUGAGAGCAAAUUUGACCUGGAGUCUGUGCCCCGGCGUUCCCACAUAAUCAACAAAGUCACCAAUCUGGAAGUAACUUAAGCCUCUCAGAACAAGCGCGCAGUUUUGCAGAACGGGUAAAUGAAGAGGCAGUUGGUGCGGUUAUCCCAUGAGCCAUGUUGUGCAGUACAACACUAAAAUGGUUUCAAAAGUUAAGUGGUUGAAAUUUGACUUCAGAGUUCUUCCGUUUGGCAUAAAAGCACUAAAUCUCAUUUCAGUUUUGUAUUCUCACGCUCUGUUUCCUAAGUGACCUGAACUAUUUUCCCUCGUUAUUAAUUAUAAUGCAUACAUGAGAGAAUAUUUGUAUACUUGAUGUUCUGUUGCUGAUGGACAGGGUGGCAGAAGAAAUCCUUGAUUUGUAUGCUCAAAAGAACAUUUGCAUCCAACGAAGAUUUUGUUUUUUACAAU